AUGCCGGCCACAGCGGGGAGGGUUCGCAUGCCGGCGAACAACCGGGUGCACAGUAGCGCUGCCCUACAGACACAUGGCAUAUGGCAGAGCGCAAUCGGCUAUGAUCCCUAUGCGCCGAACAAAGAUGAAAAGAAGAACAAUUCGUCCGAGGUGAAUACGGCAUCGGAGCCUGACCCUGAGAAUGCCUAUGCUAGUUUCCAGGGCCUUCUGGCUCUUGCCCGUAUCACGGGGUCGAAUGCUGAUGAGGUCCGUGGAUCGUGCAAGAAGUGUGGCCGUGUUGGGCACUUGACAUUUCAGUGUCGGAAUUUUUUGAGUGCGAAGGAUGAGGUUAAGGAGGGGAAGGAUUCAGAGGCAAUUGAGGCUGCGGUUUUGUCUGGCUUGAAGAAGUUGAAGGGGAAGGGGAAUAGUGCGAUGGAGAAAGAGGAGAGCAGUGGAGAGGAAGAGGAAAGUGAGAGUUCAGAUUCUGAUUAUGAUUCUGAGAUUGAGAGGGCGAUAGCUGGAAAAUAUGGGAAAAGAGUUAGUCGAAGUAAGGCAAAGGCUAGUAUAAGUAGGAAGAGGAAGGAUGAUGGUGACUCGGAUGAUGAUGGGACAGAACCGGAUUUUAGAGAUAGGAAGAAGAAAGUGAAGUCAAAGAAGAGAAGUGGGAAGAGGGUGCAUAGUGAUUCUGAGUAUGAGGAUGAAGUAAAAAGUAAGAGGGGAAAGGAUAAGAGAAGGAAAAGGGAUUGCGACUCAUCAGAUGACGAUGAAGAAGAAUGCAGGCGAAGGAGGAGGAGGAGUAGGAGAAAGGAGAAGAGCAGAGGAAGGAGUCACCGGUAUUCAGAUGAUGAUUCACCUAAGGAUUCUGCUGAAAAGAGGCAUAAGCGGAGCAGGAGGGCAUCCUCAGAAUCUGCUUCUGAUGAAAGUGACUCGGAUAAGGGUCUAGUGCGCAGGGACAAGAAGUUGUCUGAGAAAAAGAACCGAAAAUAUCGUCAUGAAUAG